CAGCUUAUGUGCAAAAGAGCUUGAAUGCUUGUUUUCAACUAUGGCAGUCUCGAGCUUGAAUAACAAGUCCCUCAUCGUUCACGGCCCUAUUUUAGAGUACAUCUUAGAGGAAAAUGCAUACCCAAAAGAGCAUGAGCAACUCAAGGAAUUAAGAGAAAUUACUGUCAAGAAGUAUGAAAAAAAGAGUGUCAUGAACGUGCCUGUUGACGAAGCGCAGUUCUUAUCCAUGCUUUUAAAGAUCAUGAAUGCGAAGAAGACAAUGGAGAUUGGAGUUUUUACCGGUUAUUCUCUUCUUGCGACGGCCCUCGCAUUGCCCGAUGAUGGUCAGAUAACAGCAAUUGAUUUGGACAUUGAAGCAUAUGAAACUGGAUUGCCAUUCAUACAAAAAGCUGGAGUUGAGCAUAAGAUUAAUUUCAUUCAAUCAGAUGCCUUUGUGGUUUUGAAUGACCUUAUCAAUGGUGAAGAAAAAUCGAGCUUCGAUUUCAUAUUCGUGGAUGCCCAAAAGGAGGAUUACAUGAAAUUUCAUGAGAAAGUGAUGGAAUUGGUGAAAAUGGGAGGAAUUAUAGCUUAUGAUAACACUUUAUGGCUUGGGUCAGUCGCUUACAAACAACACGAAUACGAGAAACACAGUGAAAUGCCUGAAUCUGUGUGGAGAAAUAGGGAUUAUGUGAUUCAAUUUAAUAGCUUCUUAGCAUCUAAUCCUCAAAUUGAAUCCUCUCUUCUUUCAAUUGGUGAUGGCCUAACCCUUUGUAGGCGCCUAUAUUAGUCAUUGAACUUUGUCUUAUAACAAAGUUAUUAUGAUUUUGUUUAUUGUAAGUGGAGUUUUUUUAACUAUAUAAGUAAUGUUAAUGAAUAAUAUCGGUA